AUGGAUAGGGACUUUGAACACCUCCAGCUCUACAGGAAGCCUCUUGUCCAGCCAACUCUGGACGAACAGCAGCAUUUCCAGCUGGGUUGCCUCGUCGACUACAAGGCAGAGUCCAGUGCCCGUCACGUUGUCAAGUAUUUCCUCUCCUCUCCGUCCGCCUAUUCUUCUUUUGCUUCCUCAUCCUCUUCCGAAUUCCCUGGUCAAACAACCAGCUCGGCUUCAGCUGGCCCCUCUGUCACUUGGCCCCCACCACCGGUACCUUCCACUCCUCUGGCAACUACUUCAUUCACCACUGGAGAGAUUAUUACAAGCUGGCCUCCGACCUUCAGCAUAGUUCCAGUUAGAACCUCUGUGGCCCAACCGCAACAGACUGAUGGUGGCUUCAUCGUCCCCUGCAAUCUCUGGUUUUUCUCCCUCUGUCCUGAGGAUGAUGGUGGUGCCAUCGGAGGCUGGUUUUGGAAUCUUCCGCAAGGCAUCUUUCCCGAGGGCCACUACCUCCAUGGCCAGCUAUCACUUCAUUUCAUGUUUUACUGCAUCUCAAAGCUCGUCUUGCACAACCAUAAGCUCGGCUGUUGUGGCCAGCUGCAGUGCAACUGCAUCAGCAAGCACGACAUUUUCAGCCUGUGGUCUGCUGUUUCGUCAGGUACGCUUUCCGUCAUUAGUCCGCAAACACCUAAACAAGAAAUUCCAAGCCCAACGGCAUCUCAAAGCACUCCCACGACGUCUAAAGAGACCAGCUCCACGACGUCUAAAGAGACCAGCUCCACGACUCUAGAGACCAGCUCCACGACUCUAGAGACAAGUUCCACGACGCUAUCGCAACUGACUUCGUUACCUACAACUUCCACUUCACCAUCCGAACUGUCAAUGAUGACAUCAAGUGAAGGCAUCUCAUUACCAUCAGAGACCACUGAGAUCACAAAGUUGCCACCUGUUACACUCGUAACAUCGUCUAUAACGAGAAACGAGCCAAUUCCACCACCGUCACCAACCCACGAGCCUGUGCCUUCUUCAUCCCCCAUUGUCCCUGAGACACCAUUAGGGCGAGGGCCCAUCAUCUGUCAUAACGAAGCCGACUUCCCCGGCCAUGCCGAUAUCAAUGGUGAUGAACAAAAUGAAUUCUCGAGAGACUUUUCUGGAAGCUCCGGUGAUGAGCUCGCGCCAGGCACGCCACCUAUCUAUGCUAAGUAUCAGGGAAGAUAUAAUAUCAAUUACGAAUUCGAGGCUGUGUGGGUCGAAGGAUGCAGAGCCAGCGUGAAUUCUCAAUCGUUCCAGUGGCCGGUAGGAGGAGGCUCCUUGAUUACGCCGUAUCUUAUGAUGCGCGAGGACUAUACUAAGUGUACUAAUAAUGGCGGUGUCGGCGGCUCAUGUCAGUUCGGCUAUGAAUAUGGCUCAGGUCGUGGUCAGGAUCUCUACCUGGAGCAGGUGCGUGAAGUCGCCGAACAGUCAAUGCCAGCUUCCAAUUCAUCACAAAUAACUGAUGGCGAGGAUCAUCCAGUGCAAGAGCGCGAUUCAUCACAUCUCCUAUCCUCUCCCUCUCAAAGUGCUGGCUACUGGACUGUCGCACAAGCAAGAGAGGCGGAAAAGAAAUUUCGUAGUUCCUUGAAAUUCAUGAGACAGUUUGUCAAAGUCGCAGAGAACGCUCCCGAGGGCCUUCCGAUAAGCAUCAGAGAUACGAUAGAGCGGGGAGGCACCCAACUAAAGACACUAUCAGAACAAUACUUCGCUGUCCAAGAGGCCAUUGACAGACGCCGAUGCUUCAGUCGAGGAUCGUUGGAGGGAUAUACACCAAUACGCAGGGUUUUGCCCAAGAAGGAGACACAUACACAGGAAUACCACAAGAAGCUCGUAUGCGAGUUAUUAGGGCUAGGUUCCAAGAACGGAGAUCCGGCAUAG